AAGCAGGAAGCGGAAGCGGUGGCGGCCGCCUAGGUUCUUGGAACGAAGAUAGGCAGCGGGGUGUUCCAAGAGCAAACUGGCGCGGAGAUCGAGCCAAACUCCGAGGUUCCGGGAGGAGGGAAAGCGAGACGGGGUAGGGACCUCGGCGCAGGUCUGUAAGGGGUGCGUAGGAGUUCGCGAGGUGGGCGGGCCGAGCCGAAAGUGGACCCCCAGUUAGCGCGCGCUCCACCUACAAGAUGAACUCCAAGGCGAAGAAACGCGUGGUACUGCCCACUCGCCCCGCGCCUCCCACGGUGGAGCAGAUCCUGGAGGACGUGCGAGGGGCACCCGCUCAAGAUCCUGUUUUCACUGCCCUGGCCCCGGAAGACCCCCCAGACCCAUCCCCAAGGGCUGAGGACUCUGAGAUCCAGCAGGAGCAGAUCUACCAACAGAGCCGGGCCUACGUGGCUAUGAAUGAGAGGCUGCGGCAGGCGGGGGAAGCUCUGAGACAGAAGUUCGAUGGCCUUCGGCAAGCUGGUCAGCGGCUGGAACAGGAUAUCAGCCAGGUGACUUCAGCCACCUCCUAGAGCCGAAGUUACACCUGAUGUCCUUGGUCCAGGCCUGGGCACCUAGCAACCAGAGGCUCUGGGUCAACAUUUGCUGUCCCAACCCUGGCCCGGGGAGACCCAGUGGCCCACCUUGCCAGCUAGCAGCUUUGUUCCCUCUUCCAUCCUUAAUGGCCUCUAAUUCAUGAUGGGACUUAGGGACAUGGCCACCUCCUCAUUAUGGGGACACUGGCCUAAAUUGCAUCAAGGACUUGAUUGCAGGUCGGGGCUCAAAGCCAGUCUGCCCCAUAGUGACCGGUGUGCUCUUCUGUCCCAUGUCACCCUGGGCAGUGAAGGUCUUCAUCCCCAGCAUCCACAGCAGGCCAGCCACUGGCAUCUUGGUUGAGAGAAUGGGCUAGCUGCACGCUUCAUAGAGCCUGGCUCAGGCCCUCUAGGGCUACACUGCCUUCUCAGUUCUCCCUGGGGCCGGGGAGACUCAUCAAGGGAGUUUCCAUUCUGGGGAGCCCAGGGGUCCAAGAGGAACUCAAAGGCCAGGUCCCUGUGUGUGGUGAAUGUUGCCCCUUCUGGAUCUGGGGUUUAGUUUGCCUUCUUGCAGAAGACCCACCACUCUUGGGGUGGCUGGACUUUAGUUCUGGAAGAUUAAAGAUGUUUGAUGCCUGAACACAGUUCUCCCUUAAGCCAGGCUAGAUCACUGGGUACCCAAGCCCCCUGCCACCCCUUGGCAGCUCAGGCGCUAGCUACCACACCUGCCUCCUUGGGUCCCAAGCUGGCUGGAACUGUUUUGUCAGAAGUGGCCUUAGCUUGUGGCUACAUCAUUCCUGACACUCCACAUUCCUGGCGGUCACGGGGUCCAACUUGCCCUGACCAGUGCAGCUUGGACUCCUGGUCCCCACCUCCACCAUGACACCUCCACCACAAAUGACCAGUGGCUGAUGGCCAGGUACAGCUUGGCUGAACCUCAGUCAACCUCGGCUCCAGCAUGUGGGGAUGUGACACGCUGUCGAGUCAGUGGGGAGCUCAGAAACACCUUCUGGGGUUGAACAGAGCUGUAGAAGAAGGUCUUGGAACGACCCCCCCCCCCCAGAGCCAGUGAUAAAGAUGAAGCUACAGAUCG